AUGGAUCUUGUUGUUAAAAAAAGAAAAAAUUCCGGCGAAGAAAAGUGGCUUUUCUGCCAUAAACGGAACUUCAUGGCGAUCCGAUCAGUGAAAGUGAGCAAUGUCUCCUUGGGUGCAUCUGAGCAAGAUAUAAAGGAGUUCUUUAUCUUCUCCGGUGAACUUGUAUAUGUUGAAAUGCAAGGUGAUAAUGAGCGAUCGCAAGUUGCAUAUAUUACUUUCAAGGAACCACAGGGAGCAGAGACUGCAGUCCUCCUUUCAGGGGCAACAAUUGUUGAUCAGUCUGUUACCAUAGAGCUGGCUCCUGAUUACAAGCUGCCAGACCAUGUCUUUACAACACCGGGAACAGGGGAUAAAGGUAGUGGCCAGGCUGAAGCUGGUUUCAAGAAGGCAGAGGAUGUUGUUAGCACCAUGCUAGCGAAGGGAUUCAUUAUUGGCAAAGAUGCAUUAGGCAAAGCAAAGGCCUUUGAUGAGAAGCAUCAGUUCACAUCAACUGCCUCUGCCAAAAUUGCAUCCCUUGAUCAGAAGAUUGGUUUUACUGAAAAAUUUAGUGCUGGCACAGCCAUAGUAAAUGAAAAGAUGCGGGAUGUGGACCAGAAAUUUCAGGUUUCUGAGAAGACAAAGUCUGCAUUUGCAGUUGCCGAGCAGUCCGUUAGCACUGCGGGAUCUGCCAUAAUGAAGAACCGUUAUGUUUUGGUUGGAGCCUCAUGGGUUAGUGCUGCGUACAACAGGGUUGCUAAAGCAGCAGAAGAUGUGGGGCAGAAGGCAAGAGAAAAAGUUUUGGCUGAGGAGCAAGCUCAGAAACCAGAGGGCCAUGCACACGUUAACGAGUCUAAUUCUCCCAAAGAUUCUAAACCGGCCGAAACCAGUGGGCAACCUUCCAAUCCCUCAUCUGAACAAGCUUUAAUCCUCAGUGAGCAACCUUCCAAUCCCUCAGCUGAUCGAGGUUUACUCAUUUAGGCUUUUGCUUGGUAGGGUGGAAAGGUGAAAAAUUGUUGGUAAGAGAAUGGAAAAGUUGAAAGAUGAAAAGAAAAUGAAAUUUUUAAAAAAGUUCAUAAAUCUUGUAAAAUGCACCACUUACAUCUUUUUCAUUUUU